GAGAGAAAGACCAGUGAAGAUUAUUAUUCAUUCCUUCCCUCCAAUUCCAAGGUUACAAUUUCAUCGGGAACCGCAGAGUCUCAGUUUAGUUAAAGACUAAAGACCAAAGCAUUUCUGUUAUUUAUUUAUUUUUUCCUUCUCGCUGGGGAAAAUCACAGUACGGGAAAGAAGUUAGUUAUUUGUGUGAGAGACUUUGAGAGAUCUUCUUUUGAUCAACAUCUAAGCUCAAAGUUGAACUUUUUGUUCUAUACUUAUCUUGGUUUGUCUUUGAUUUUCAUGGCUAAAAUGUUUUGAUCCUAAAGUAAAAGCCUUUUUCCUUUGUUGUCUUUAUCAGUUUUCUGCUGUAAAAAUAAAAAGUUUUCGGAUUUCGAGGUUUUUGAGCUUUUCUUGAGCAUUUGGGUGGUUUUCUGGUUUUGGGUCUUCGGUUUUUUAUGGUUCAUGUAAUACUUACUAAUGGCUGAAGGGUCAAAAGUUAGGUUAGUUCGUUGCCCUAAAUGUGAUAAUCUAUUACCAGAACUUCCAGAUUAUUCUGUUUAUCAGUGUGGUGGUUGUGGUGCAAUUCUUCGAGCAAAAAAGAGAUACGCAGAUAAUGAUAUGUUGUCUGAAAAGUCAGAUGAGGAAAAGGGUGGUGGGGAUUCUGAGAAAUUAGAGAAGUUAGUAGAGAAAGGGAGUGAUAAUUCAAAUUUUGCUUCCGAGAGUGAAAUGGAGGAUAGUGGGAAUGAGCAUGUUAGGAGAAAAGAGAGAGCCUUUGUGGAAAAAAAGGCUAAUUUCAUUCGUGGUGGUUUGCAAAGAACAGAAAAGAAACAGGUUUUGGUUGGUAAAGAUACAAGUGUUAGUGAAGAGUACAAAGAUUUAAGACUUGAUCAGUGUGUUGAAGAGAGAGAAUAUGGAUCUGUUGAUAGGUAUACCCGAUUGUCGGAACACCAGAUGGAUCCCAGGACUUGUGGAACUGGUCGAUACAGGGACAUGAGCAGAUCCGAGUCUGUGAAUUCGAGUUUAGAAGAAAUUUCAACGCAAGUGAAUAGGUUUACGGGGUCCUUGAGAUCGAGGGCGGGAAUGGGUUGGUCAGGUGUAGAAAGAGGUAGUAGGCUUGAGGGAUUAUAUGGGAACAACUCAGUUUCUGAUCAGGAAAGAGCACGAACUUUUGGUUAUCCUGAUGAGGGGACUUCAAACUAUGACCCGUAUUUGUUUCGUGACCAUGAAAGGCAGAUAAUUAGUGGUCAACAUGUCAAAGUGCCUGAUGGAGUAAAGAAUUUGGAGCAGGAACGUGCCGAGAUUCUUAGGAAGUUGGAUGAGUUGAAGGAGCAACUUAGCAGAUCUUAUCAUGUCGCUGAUAAACCGAAAGAAAGGGAACCUACGGAUAGGACUUUGCCUUAUCCUUACGGAAUUCAGGUUCCCUAUAAUGUUUCAAUGCAGCCACCUGCCCUGGAUAAGCAGGUCCCUAGGCCUCCUCAUUACAACUAUAGCCACGGAUCGGUUCCUCAUACGAAUCACCAUCAUGUUGAUAUGCAUAACCUUUAUCCUCCUAGAAAACAUAGCUUGAAUAAGAUUCCAGAAUAUGAUGAUCCUUUUCAGCCACAACUGACAAGAAAGCCUCACCGUCUGCCGCCCCAUCAAUACCAACAUGUAUCACCUCAUGAAUACUAUUCUGGACAGUACAGGACUUUUGAUUUAGUAGAGUCCAUUGCAUCAUAUCCACAUGAAACCUUUUCCCAUGCUCCUACAUGUGCUUGCUUGAGCUGCUACAACCAGAAUUUGCAGGUUCCUCCGAGUGUCCCACACACUAAAGCUCCAAUCAAUCCAAAUUUUUACCGUCAUGGUGAUCCUGUUGGGUUCGGGCCACAAAGUUGCCCUCCGUCGGAAUCACUUCACCAACAUCUGCAUACAAGAUGGCCCGGUGAUCUUGAAUCAGAACACAAUAGUUAUGGUCAACCAAGGAGGGUAGCUGCAACCUGUAAGACUGGACGGCUUUACCAUCCCAUUGCAGGUGGUGCCCCAUUCAUUACUUGUCACAAAUGUUUUGAGUUGCUGAAACUGCCCAGAAAGCUUGGAAUAUCAGGCAGUAAUGAGCAAAGACUACGAUGUGGUGCCUGUUCAGCUGUGAUCUUGCUAGAAAUGGAGAAUAAGAAGCUUAUCAUGUCUGACCCUUCGGAACUCAAACGUUUGUCUGCUGAGGGAGACGAAAAUUCUCAAGAGGUGUCAAAUGACAGCCUUGUAAGUUCUGGUUCUCUGAAUGCUAAUGGCACUAGCUCCUGCACGGAAGAUUUUAAAAAGUCUGGUUAUAACUUCCAGUCAGCACUGGUACAAGAUGAGAGAUUGAACUUAGAUGAGUUCGAGAAGAGGCGAGGCCAUACUUUGUCAUCUUCCAUUUCUUCCAGGGAAGACGAGAGUUUUGAUUGUGUGAUUUCUCGAGAAGAUGUUUCUGUAUCUGCUGAGAUGCCCUUAAAGAAUGUUCUGUCUCCAAAACCUCCACGUUCACCUGUCUGGCAGGAGUCUGAUAGUCCUAAACAUGCCAUGAACAGAUAUGGGCAAGGAAACAAGAGUAAACGUAUGGAGCAUGACAAUGAGGUCUUCAGUAUGGUCAGCAUGGGAGAAAAUUCGGUGAAAGAUACAAUGGAGGCCACUGAGUUGGAUGUUUCUUUUGAGGAAUACCAAAAUAGCAGUUUGUCUCAAGACUCCACAGAAAUAUGUAAAGAAGAAGAUCGAUUCAAGUUCAGCAAAGGCAGUGAUACCUUCUUCGCAGGUUUCAUCAGGAAGAGUUUUCGAGAUUUCUCAAAAUCUAAUUAUGGAGGUAUGGGCGAAAAGCCUAAGGUUUUUAUUAAUGGGCAACCUUUACCAGAUCGUGUGGUAAAACGAGCUGAAAAGUUUGCUGGCCCAAUUCGUCCCGGAGAUUAUUGGUAUGACUUUAGAGCUGGAUUCUGGGGAGUCAUGGGUCAACCUUGCCUCGGCAUAAUUCCCCCAUUUAUUGAAGAAUUCAAUUAUCCUAUGCCAACAAAUUGUGGCGCCGGAAACACUGGCGUCUACGUAAACGGGAGAGAGCUCAAUCAGAGAGAUCUAGACUUACUCGCGGAAAGGGGACUGCCAACCACAAGUGAAAAGUUUUACAUUAUCGAGAUUUCGGGGAAAGUCAUGGAUGAGGACACUGGCGAGGAGCUUGACAAGCUUGGAAGACUUGCUCCGACAGUUGAGAGGACAAAGCUUGGAUUUGGCAUGAAAGUACCAAAAAAUGGUCUCGUGAUUCGGAGCUAGCUCGUGGGAUUUUCAUAGCCUUCAUUGAUUGCAGGUUCUUCAAUUUUUCUUUGUAGAGCAGAUCCAAAAUCCUUGGAACUAUUGUAUUUGUUUGUUGCAGAAAAACUUCUUGCCAAAAUAUUUGCUUGUUGGUAUAGAUUGUCAUGUAGAUUGAGAUAGAUGAGACUAUUACCCCCAGGCGUUUGAGUGAUGCAUUUUGUUAUCCUUAGAUGGCUUUGGCUAUUAGUAGAUCCAAGGUCCAAACCCUUACCAAUUUGUAUUUUGUUGUCCUUCAGGCUUUUAUGUAUAUCUUCUCUUUGUAUUACUCAAGGGCAUUGGAUUUUUCAUGUAAA